CUCCAAUCAUUCAAGGUGUAAGGGUAAGCCAUGUGAUUGACUCUCUGUCAGCCUCCUGAGUUCCCUCUCGAUUCACUCAUCAAAUCCUUCUCGUUUCGUUUCGUUUAUUUGUAUUCGAGAAGUCGCUUUUCAUUUUCCUUUACGGACGAUGACAUUUUUUAUGUUACUAGCGCAAUGCCGCAGAGAGUGAGACAAAGUCUACUGAGAAAUACUCUUCUUAUUUAUAUUACUGUCUCCAGUGUAACAAUAUCAGCCGAUGUCUGCUCCGAGAAAUUAUCGGAUGGAGCAGUAGACCCGUGUAUCUCUCCGUAUCAAGAUACAGUUCACUAUUCUCCAAAGUUUUUUCCACAAGUAGGAACCAAAAUAAAGGCAGUUACAUUAUCAGAUGAUUCUAAAUGGAAAUUCGGCAAUAAGGGCGACUUGAUUGAAAAGGAAUAUCAAUGUGUUUGUACUCCAAUCUUCUGUGACUGUUCUUGGCUCAACUUAACAACAGUGCCUCAGAACCUCCCCAAGUCUAUAGUAGCGCUAAAUCUAGCCCAGAAUUUUAUUCGAGACUUGCCAAAUUGUAGCUUUUGUAACUACACGAAUUUAAUGCACUUAGAUUUAACUCGGAAUGAGCUGACGAAAUUUCAAGUUGGCUCUUUUUGGGGCCUCGCUAAUUUAACGAUCUUAAAUCUUUAUAAUAAUACGAUAUUUUAUUCCAGCAAAAAUUUUCCAGCUGGAGUUUUUGAGCCGUUACGAUCUUUAAGGUGUUUGAAAAUAAACAGGAAUUUGCAUGCAAGCUAUAAACGUAGCUUUAGCUACCCAGAUUUAGCGCUUGCAAAUCUCGUAAGCCUGGAAUCACUCUAUUUAGACGGUAUCAGUGAUUUAAACUUUGGUAAAGGAUUUGGAAAGUUAACGAAAUUAAGAACUUUGGUCCUGGCAGGUCACUUAGAGGGAUUCUGCCAAGUUGGUAGCCUGACGAAUAAAACGUUCCGAAACCUUGGCCAAAUAACAAGUUUGAACAUAAGCAGCUGUAACUUACGCGGGGAAAAUGUUAGCUCAGACAUGUUCAAGCCUUUGGUGAAUUUAAUUUCUUUGGAUGUCAGCUUCAACUUAGCUUUAGGUCUAAGCAUUUUCUUAGCCGCUUUGAAAAACGUGAACACCAUAGAAGUUCUGAGAAUGAACUUUAUCGAUUCAAGCUAUCUCCCAUCAGUGACCAUUACCCAGUAUAUGGUUCAAUGCUUGCCGUCUGCGCUGCGUACGUUGGAGGCCCAAGGAAACAAUUUUGAAUCCAUGGCCCAAGGAGUUCUUCAGUACAUGCCUCCUAAUCUUAGCUAUGUUGAUGUUGGGGGCAACCGAUUUCUCUAUGGCGCUUAUAUCCAAGAACUGAAGAGUCUUCGUAACUUAAAAGUACUGAAAAUAAACGCGGGGAAUGAUUUACAUAACAUUCCAAAGUAUGUACCAAAAAUGUCAGUUUGCUUAAGACCUGGAGAAGUUAGAACAAAUGACGCAGACCCAAUGCUUGAACCUUUAGUUAUAAGGCUGCCACCAAAAUUACUUUGUCUUGACAUGCGCAAUGCUGGUUUGAAAUAUCUUCUCUCUGAGCUGACGUUUGAUGACAACAAUUCCUUAGAGUCACUGCUCUUGAGUCAGAAUGACUUCCCUGGCGUUUAUGGCCCAUUCAAAGGACUCAGGAAAGUGAAACGCCUGACACUAGAUCAGUGCUUCGUUAAUGAAAUUAAUCCAUAUUUUUUUAAGGAAAUGGACACAUUAGAGGAACUGGAAAUCAAUGACAACCAAUUGGGGGGCUUCUUUCAAGAAAAUCCAAAUAUUAGUAUCUUUAAAUAUUUAAAGAAACUUACAUAUAUUGAUUUGUCUAACAACGCAUUACCGGUUGUCCACACGCGCCAAUUCGAAGGCGUCAACAAUCUGGAGGAAAUCAAUUUAAGUCAAAACAAUAUGUGGACAUUUUUUAUCAACAUCAGCGCUAUGGACAAAUUAAGAGUGCUAAACCUGAGCCGUACCCAGCAUUCGUCCCUGCCACUCGAGACCCGUCAACACAUCGACUUCCUGUUGACGUCACACGAGGUUAAAGUUGACAUGUCCUACACGCCCAUUCUAUGUGAAUGCAGCAACAGAGACUUCCUGACCUGGAUGACCAAGUCUCCGGCCUUUGAUGUCACCUUCGCCAACUAUGUGUGCCCCUUUGAUGAUAGCAGCUUCAAGGAGAUCACUGAUGCUUUUCAAACGACGAUGCGAAACCUGAACCUGAAAUGUGCUGACUACACCGUCCUUUUCUUGGUUGUCGUCUGCGUCACUCUAAGCUUAGUCAUUUUUGUUGCAGGAGCUGUUUUAUAUAGAUUUCGAUGGAGAUUGCGGUAUAUGUACUACGCAGCCUACUUGAUGUUCAAUGGUAAAAUACAGAAAGAUAAAAAGCUUCAGAAUUUUCCAUUCGACGUCUUCAUGUCGUAUGCUAAUGAGGACGAAGAAUUUAUCUUAGAGGAACUUUUACCAGAGCUGAAUCGUCGCAAUGUUAAAGUCUUGGUCCAUGGACGAGAUUUUGCUGUGGGCGAGUUUAUAGGCACCAACAUCCUGACGGCCAUUAAACAAAGCAGGAAAACGUUAGUGAUUCUGACGAGCUAUCUGAUAAAGAGUCACUGGUGUAACUUUGAGAUCCAGAUGGCCAAUGUGGAGUCGGUCAACACAGGACGUCCAGUGCUGAUGUUUCUCAUUCUCGAAGCGAUUCACACAACGAAGCUAACCUCUGACCUCUUGUAUCACCUCAACAAUAACACAUACACUAUGUAUCCCCACGAGGAGACCACUGGUUUGUUUUGGGACAAAUUGGCCAGAGAUCUUCUGCAACCUUAGAUCAUUUUAGUACAAAUGUUGAUCUAUACUCAUUGUUUGAUUUAUAUGCAUAUCUUAAUAAAUAUUCACUAUAUUCA